GUUCCAGUGUUAAACAUUCACAUGAAAAUACUUCCAGCUAUUUGUACAGUAGCAGGAACCAUAUUCUCUUGUACAAACUACUUUGGUGUGAUCUUCACAGGUGGAGUUGGCAAAAAUGGAUCAACCAUAGCAGGAACAAGUGUCCUUUCACCAUUUCUUCAUAUUGGAACUGUCAUUACAUUAGCUGCCAUGAUCUACAAGAAAUCUGCUGUGGAACUUUUUGAAAAACAUCCUUGCCUCUAUAUACUGACUUUUGGGUUUGUUUCUGCUAAGAUAACUAACAAACUAGUGGUUGCUCAUAUGACCAAAAGCGAGAUGCACCUCCACGACACAGCAUUCAUAGGUCCAGCACUUUUGUUCUUGGACCAAUAUUUUAAUAGCUUUAUUGACGAAUACAUUGUACUUUGGAUUGCCUUGAUUUUUUCUCUUUUUGAUUUACUCCGAUACUGUGUCAGUGUCUGCAAUCAAAUUGCUUCCCAUCUUCACAUCAGUGUCUUUAAGAUCACGACCUACAGUACGUAUUCAAAUCAUCACUAGGUUGUUGCAAUAACCAGUAGCUGUUUUCUACAAAAGAGGAUGUGGUUAUAUUGAGGAGUCUCCAGAAACUGCAGCAGAUAGGAACAAAUCUAAUUUAUAAUAAUGUUGUAUAACUAAUUUUGUGAUGGAUGACACUCCCUAGUUAAACAGUCCUCCAACAAAAGGAGAAUCCCAAGCAUUCUCCAAAUGUCUAUAUUACCAGGUCCACGGGUGUGUACCUAGAGAAGCAUGCAGAGAAUAAGGCUUUGUCUUUGUAAUUACCUUGACCACAAACCAGGCUCUCAGAUAACUGGAUUCCCAACAACAGGAAUUUCUAAUACAGUUACAAGCUAUAAGACUAUUUGCUUUUAAUUUAAUUAUUCUUUAAAGUGCUCAUUUAAUACCAUCCCAGAAGUAAUUAUUGCCUUGAGAGACUCUGGCAUCUCACUACCUUUGGUUGCUGGAAUAUCUUGGACUUGAGCCUAGAUGACUAUUCAACACUACUUGCUGAUAACCAUGGUUAGUUUUUAAGAAAACAGAUACUUCAUGUUAUUUGCAUUGUCUCUGGAAGCUGGCAUUUUGAAAUGUUAUCUUUGGAAGCAAUCCACUGUGGCUGAUCAUCUUGUCAUUGCAAAUUGUACAGCCACUGUGCUUGAUAAAUUACUUAUUUUGUCUUUAAAAAAUUCUAACCCUAAUCCCUAUGAUGUGGGAUGAUUUUCAGCAUGCAGUAUAGUGUUAUCUGUCAAUUUAUUUUUUAAAAUAAACACUUUAAAAUAAAUUUUCAGUUUUUUUUUCAGUGGAAAGUCUAUACAAAAUUUGCAGUUACUUUUUGUAUAAAAUUUAUGCAAAAA